CACUGUUCACAGUGUCCACAAAGUUUCCUCGUGUCACUGCUUGCCAGUUCUUGCGCUCAAUGUUUAUAGCUAGGAGCACACGAUCAUAGUGAUGCAGUCAGAGCAGAAGAAUGGCGCAAGCAGAAAGAACACCGAGUUUCCUUCACUUGCCAGUGAGGGGAAAAACGUCUUGUUUCGGAUAUCUUCGGGUUUUAUUUUUUGCACUUUUUCAUAUAGCUCAGGCAAAUAAACAAGCAUUCAUCCAAUCAGACACAAUCUUAGAGGUACUUCACUUUGGUGAGGGAGGCCUCUUGCAGAUAGAGCCUGACCUUCACCUGGGUUCAUAUCAUCAAAAAAGCUCACCCUUACAGAGAGGGAACAGCAGGCCCAUACGCUUUGAGCCGCCAAUGCUGGACUUCCAUGAACAGCCUGUUGGAAUGCCAAAAAUGGAGAAAGUUUAUUUGCACAAUCCUAGUGCAGAGGAAAUAAGCUUGAUAUCUAUAUCAGCAACAACUGCACAUUUUCAUGCAUCAUUCUUUCAAAACAGGAUAAUUCCACCAGGGGGGAAUACGUCGUUUGAUGUGGUCUUCCUCGCUCGAGUAGUAGGAAAUGUAGAGAAUACUUUAUUUAUUAAUACCUCGCAUCAUGGAGUGUUUACAUAUCAGGUGUUUGGUGUGGGCAUCCCCAACCCCUACAGGCUGCGGCCGUUCAUCGGGGCCCGAGUCCCAGUCAACAGCAGCUUCUCUCCACUCAUAAACAUCCACAACCCACACAGUGAGCCACUGCAGGUAGUGGAGAUGUACUCUAGUGGAGGAGACCUGCACCUGGAGCUCCCCACAGGGCAGCAGGGAGGAACGCACCAUCUGUGGGAGAUUCCCCCAUUUGAGACGAAGGGGGUGAUGAGAGCCAGUUUCUCGUCGAGAGACGCAGACAACCACACGGCCUUCAUCAGAAUCAAAACAAACGCCUCCAACCAGGACGAGUUCAUCAUCCUGCCUGUAGAGGUGGAGGUCACCUCGGCACCGGGAAUCUACUCCUCAAUAGAAAUGUUGGACUUUGAAACGCUACGCUCACAAGAUCGACCAAAGCUGUUGAAUUUGCAUCUUCUCAAUUCCGGAACAAAAGAUGUGCAAAUAAUGAGCGUUCGAGCGACGCCGUCAAACGAUGCCAUCACAAUAGACUUCAAGGCCGUCACGCUAAAAGCUGGAGAACAUAGAUACACCAAAGUCGCCAGUAUUAGUUUUGAUGCAUCGAAAGUUCAAAAAGCUUCCCAGUCCUCUGGUAAAAUAACAGUAAAAGCGAAAGAGAAAAGCUACUCCAAACUUGAAAUCCCAUACCUAGCUGAAGUUCUAGACGGGUAUUUGGGGUUUGACCAUACGGUCACGUUGUUCCACAUCAGAGACAGUGUGCUAGAGCCAGUGGUCAAGCCCAUCCACCUCACCAACACCUUCCACUUUGCCAUCCGCAUCCAUGACGUGUCCCUUCCAGAUGAAGCCAAGACCAUGUUCUUAGUGCAGAACUUCAGUGAGCCGGUGCUGAUCCCCCCUCAGGAGUCUCGCUACAUCUUCUCCCUCCACUUCCAGCCCGUCCGGCCCUCCAAUCACAUCGACAGCAACAUCCUGCUGGUCACCAACGCCUCCAAGUUCCACCUCCCCGUCCGCGCCUACACUGGAUUCCUGGAGCCUUUUGUCCUGCCGCCCAGUCUGCAAGAGAACUUCCUAGACUUUGGUGUUCUCAGCGCUACAGACACCAGCAGCAUCCUGUUUGUGGUUGUCAACAGCAACCCCAUCGAGCUGGUGAUCCGGCCGUGGCUGCUAACAGGAGAGAGUCUGAGUGUGGAGCUGUUGAAGAUAGAGAGAGGUAACAGAACCACAGUGCUGACCAAGACCAGAGAGCUACACAGCGCCUCAGCUUCUCCUCACAAAACGGUGAUCCUGGCCUCGGGCUACUACGCUGCCUUCCGGGUCACCCUGGUGGCUAAAGACCUGGAGGGGGCCUAUGACGGAGCUAUCCACAUCACAACAGACUACCAGAUAUUAACGAUACCAGUGAAAGCAGUCGUUGCAGUGGGCACGUUGACCAGCUAUCCCAAACACAUUGUCCUCCCGCCAUCUUUUCCGGGUAAGGUAGUGCAGCAGAGUCUAAGCAUGGUGAGCUCGUUCUCUCAGAAGGUGACCCUACAGCAGAUCCACUCUCUGACUGAGGACUCGCGUUUCUACUACAGGAGACUGAAGAACAACCGGGACGAGCUGGAACCCAAACGCAAGUCCAAGGUCGCGAAGAUUUAUUUUGACGCCAGCUUGCAGUGUGGCGACCACUGUUAUGUGGGAGUACCGUUUGUUCUGAAAUCGGAGAGCAGACCGCCUGGGCUGUCAAUGCAGGAGGAUAUGUGGGAUGUGGAUGUAGAUUUGUAUCAAAUGCUCCGUCGGCGAUGGAAAGCACUGAAGGAGAGUUCAGGACACAUGGCGGAGGCGGUGUUUGAGGCCAACGCUGACCUCCAGAAGAACAUUGAGACCAGAGUGUCUGCUCAGCUGAAGUGGCCUUCUAUCAUGAACUCUUCCCAGCAGGUCCUGUUCCCUCUCACCAGCCUCACCAGCUCAUCGGAGGUAGAGGUUGUCUUGGAGAACCCAGCUGACGUUCCUGUCUAUGUCCAAGUCCUGCCAUUAGCCCUUUAUCCCAACCUCCCGGCCGUCACCCACAAACUGGCACAAAUGUUUCCCCUGGAGAGGCUCCCACACUUCACCCCCGACACAAUGGAGUUUCAGGUACACAGAAACCAUACGCCCGUGGUCAAAGGCAGCACAGGCUUUGCCGAGGGCUCGACGACACAUCCCUACGUUUACAACCUAAUGCUGCAGCCAGAGGAAGUGAGGUCGCUACGUGUGAAAUUCUCCCCCGUCAGCAACCACACCGUUUCCUCUCUGCUUAUGCUCAGGAACAACCUGACGGUAAUGGAGUUCCUGGUGGUGCAGGGUCAGGGCAGCUAUGAAAGGCUGAGGGUAGGGGGCAAGGCCCCGGGACCAGGGGGGUUCCUCAGGUUCAAGAUGACUGAGUCUCUACUGAAGGACUGCACAGACAAAAUGAAGUUGAAGGAGCCGAACGUCACUCUAAGAAAAUCCUUUAAGUUAGAGAACACUGGACAGCUGGAAAUGAACAUUCAAUCCACUGAAAUAAACGGACGUCUCUGUGAGGGAUUCGGCUUUAAAGUCCUUAAUUGCCAAGAGUUUUCACUAAAACCCAAUGCUUCGAAAGAAAUCGUCAUAUUGUUCACGCCGGACUUCACAGCCUCCAGGGUAAUCCGGGAGUUAAAGUUCAUCACCACCGGAGGCUCUUACUUUGUGUUCUCCCUCAACGCCUCUCUGCCCUACCACAUGCUGUCUGCCUGUGCUGCUGUCCUCCCCAGACCCAACUGGGAGCUGGAGCUCUAUGUCAUCGUCUCUGUCAUCAUGAGCUCUAUGUUUCUGCUGGUGAUUGUAGCGGCCUAUCUGGAGGCCCUGGGCAUCUGGGAACCGUUCAAGAGACGCAUGUGUUUCGAAACAUCCAGCACCUCCAUGGAGACAGGGAGGCCCUUUGACCUCAGGGAAAUAGUACGACUUCAAAGCGAUGCACAUAUGAAUGGGUACGGUGGAGAAGCCAACCACAACUCCCUGCGAGGGAUGCCAGGCUCUGCCUCCAGGGCUGCUAGCAGGAACACCAGAGGAGGCCACAACCGAGGCCCCACACAGCCCCCGAUCCCCCCCUCCCAGCCAGGCUCCAAAGUCUCCGACAGCACCCCCUCCUCUGGCCAACAGGCCAGCCGCAAGGCCCGGAGCCCCAAGCAGCCACAGCCAGCUCCAGAGAACCAGCAGCACCCCUCACAGGCUGGUCCUUCAGCCCCAGGAAGAAGUCCCCUAGAUGGGCCACGCCGGCACAGCUCGGAGGACUCGGACUAUGUGAGCCUGGUGGAGACCAUGGAUAAAGACCUGGACAGACCGGAGUCUGCUGAGGAGGGGGGGAAUCAGGAUGCAGUUAAUGGCAAAGCCAGUGCAGCCAAAGGGAAAGUGCAGCAGACCAAAGCCAAGGCCCUGAAGAAGAAGGAAGAGAGGGAGAAGAGGAUCAAGGGAAGAGCUCAGGGAGGAGAGGAACUGAGGGAGGACAACGAUGACAGCUCCUCCACCACCACAGAGAACUCCAACCCAGACAUAAUGGAGGACAACAAAGGGAAGAAGAAAUAUGAUACUCCUGAAGCUCACUCAAAGUCCAAGAACAAGAAGCCAGCAGCCAUUACAAAGGAGAAAAGCCAAAUGGAUGCAAAGUCUAGCUCACUGGAGCUUCCGUACGUUACCCCACUGGAAAACAAGCGCAAGAGCUUCAAUUCCAAGAACAUGGUGGUGGUGCAGCAGGCCCUGGCCAGCAGCUCAACAACAACUACCAUAACAAGACCCAUACCUCCUAAACCAAGAGUGCCUCGUGUGAAGCUGGAAGACUUCCGCCCCUCUCUCCUGGCUAAGUUCCUGUUCAACGAACCGGUGGUGCAGGAGCUGGGGAACAGCAGCGGCUCAGAGGGGGAGAAGGACAUCUCUCCUCCCCCGGAGUGGGACUGUGUACCCCUCCACAUAGCACACAAUGCUGUGGACAGUCUCCAGCAGAUCUCCCUGCAGACCAUGAAUGCUGAUCCCUUCCUGAAGAGACCCAUCGAAACCCCUCUACCUCCCUCGUCUGAUCCCUUCCUGAAGAGACCCAUCGGAACCCCUCCCCCUCCCUCGUCUGAUCCCUUCCUGAAGAGACCCAUUGGAACCCCUCCCCCUCCCUCGUCUGAUCCCUUCCUAAAGAGACCCAUUGGAACCCCUCCCCCUCCCUCGUCUGAUCCCUUCCUGAAGAGACCCAUCGGAACCCCUCCCCCUCCCUCGUCUGAUCCCUUCCUAAAGAGAACCAUUGGAACCCCUCCCCCUCCCUCGUCUGAUCCCUUCCUGAAGAGAACCAUCGGAACCCCUCCCCCUCCCUCGUCUGAUCCCUUCCUAAAGAGAACCAUCGGAACCCCUCCCCUCCCUCGUCUGAUCCCUUCCUAAAGAGCCAUCGGAACCCCUCCCCCUCCCUCGUCUGAUCCCUUCCUAAAGAGAACCAUCGGAACCCCUCCCCCUCCCUCGUCUGGCUUCUCUCUGUAUGACUCCUAUAGCGGCAUGGUCAACACUGCUACCAGCGAGGUGGGUCUGAUGUCUUCUGCAUCAGGCAUAAAGAACAAGCUGACCAAGUCGGUCUCCGUACCUGGUCAGAACGGGAACCCUACCUUCGCUGCUGUGGCGGCUGGAUUCGACAAAAGCCCAGGGUGCAGUGCAGCGAAGGCGGCUGUGGGGAGCAGAGACAGAGAUGUCCUCCAACACCUCUCCUCUGUAGAGAGUGAUGGAUCAGACAGCUCGGGGUUGUGGAGCCCUGUAGGGAACGGCAGGAGACCCAGCCUCAACUCUGUCAACUCCUUCUCAGCCUUCGGACCCAGCAACACCUUCAACCUGUCUGGAGUGUUCAGUGGGAUGACCUCGGGGAGGAGUGCUAUGGAGCCCCAGCAGAGUUGGCCUGAGUUCAGACAUACCACCCCGUCCGUCUGGCCAAACGAGUCCCUGCAGCCUCUACAGCCCUGGCCCAUCCAGCCCAGCUCCAGCUCCCCUGCUACCCCCACCACGUCCAUCCUGGGCAGCAGUAGCAUGUGGGGCUCCAGCCCUCCAUUCAGCCCCUCCAUCUGGUCCACCAGCCCCCCCUCUGACUCCCCCCUACAUGCCUUCUCUCCUUCCUCUGCCUCCCCCCUGACUGAUCUGAUGGGUAGCACUGACAGUGGAACCCCGCUCCCGGCCCCAACAAAGCCCUCCCCCACGCAGCUGAGCCCCUCCUACAACCCUUGGAGCAUGUGGAGGCCCACCUUCAGUAGACGAAGCUCGGAGCCCUGGCCCAACCAAUCGGACAGCAGCACCGGCUGAAGGGGAUGUCACCGCGGUCUCCUCCCACUGAUAGACUGAGAAGAUGAAUGCAUUUUCACCGGUUUAGAAUUUCACCAAAUUCCUAUUAUAAUGUACACAUUGGAUUUCUAAGCAAAUUAUGUCCUCAGAAUUAGUCUGUUUCUAUGACGACUUGGAAAACUUAACAAAACAAUAUUAGUAGAAGAAUCAUAAAAGAAGAAUCCUUAUCAGAUUGACAUAAUGUGGUUAAAUGUGGCUGCUUUUUUUCAAAUACAUCCUCAGUAAUGUUUUUGAUAGCAGUGACGGCCCUAAGUGCAAUCAGGAAAAACCUGAGAAAUAAUAUUAUGUUCAUUAUUUAGUAUUGCUGUUUUGGGAUUACAGUAGAGUUACUUAUUGGAAUCAAGCACAUUGUUUAAGCCUUAUCAUCGCUCCAUUAGAGAUUAUUAUUUAAGGGUUACAAUCAGUUAAGACUGGCAGUAAAGGGAUUUUUUUGGUGAAAAUAGUCAUUUUCAUGACUGCUAUGUCAAGUCGAUGCCAUUGGCAUCAGAAGACCAUGACUUUACGUUUCUAUGCCAUUGCAAGCCUGAACACAUUUUAUUUGUCAAACAACUCACAACAUUCAUGGCCAAUAUUCGCGAGAGAUGCUUUUUAAGUUAUUUUAAUGACCACGCUAAGUUUUAAAGUCUGUUAAAAGAGAGGGUUUUCAUUUCCUUUAUAAACAGUUUGAAAAAUGUUGGUGGAUACAAGCUUCCCCUCUUUCUGACAUGUUGGAAAUGUGGGACAUUUGUCACAGCUUCCAUAUAAAACAUAUGAGACAGUUA